CUAUGAUGGGAGAGCAGAGCACCCUAACGGCACCUCACCAGCGGGCGCCCCCGUUUAUUUCACGGCGAAACCUGCCACCGGCCGCCACCCGCCAGCGCCGCCCGGACAGAGGCCCCGUCGUCCUGCCGGCGGCGAGCAGCUUUUCCCCGCGCCGCCCGGACUGAGGCUUGAGCCUGACCGCACGUGGUGAACCAAAAAUCCACCGCGCCGCUGACGCCGCGGGCCCGCGCUCCUUGUAGCGUUAAUGGGCCGGCAGCAAGCCAACCAAGCUCACAAACCCGGCCCAAGCGAGCCGACAACACACGGGGUCGGGGCGUCGGGCACCGCGACCGCCUCUGCGCGCGCCGCCGCCGAAAUGCUCAGCCUCAAACCGCGCCUCCUCUCCGCUCUCCGCGCCGCCGCCCCUCUCCCAGCCACCUCCCUCCACCGUCUCUCCCUGUCCACCAACGCCGCCGCCGCCGCCGCCACACCGCCCACCGGAUUCCUCGCCAACGACUACCUUGUCGCCAGCUGCGGCCUCACGCCAGCGCAAGCCCAGAAGGCCUCCAAGUACGUAUCCCGCCUCAGCUCCCCCGUCAAGCCAGACGCCGUGCGCGCCUUCCUCGCCGGCAUCGGCCUCGCCGAAGCCGACGUCGCUGCGGCAAUCGUCAGCUACCCGCCGCUCCUCAGCUGCAAGGUGGAUGAAACCCUAACCCCCCGCAUCGCCCAGCUCCGCGAAAUCGGCCUCUCGCCUCCCCAGAUCUCCCGGCUCGUUACCGUCGCCCCUGAAGUCUUAUUUAGCCCUGUCAAGAUCUCCCGGCUCGCGUUCUACCUCUCAUUCUUGGGAUCUUUUGACAGGGUGCACUCCGCCCUAAACAGGAGCAGCUACCUCCUCCGUUCAGACCUUGAGACUGUUGUGAGGCCCAACAUAGCAUUCCUGCAGCAGUGUGGCCUGACUGACUAUGAUAUUGGCAAGCACUUUUUGAUGCGCUCGAGGAUCCUCCUGACGGAGCCACAGCGUGUGAAGGAAAUUGCAGCGCGUGCUGAGGAGCUCGGUGUGUCACGCAACUCUUUGAUGUUCAAGCAUACCCUGCUCACCCUCUACGGUUUAAAUGCUGGGAGGCUCAGUGCAAAGCUCAGUUUCCUGAAGAAGGUUAUCGGAUGCUCUGAGGCUGAGCUGGGCUAUGCGGUGCGCAAGAUGCCAGCAAUUCUAACAUAUUCAGAGAGUAAGAUAGGCCGCACUGUGGAGUUUCUGAAGGUGGAGGUUGGAUUGGAACCUUCGUACGUCUUGCACAGACCAGCAAUGUUCGGUUAUAGCAUUGAAAGGCGGCUAAUGCCCCGGCAUUGUGUCUUAAGGAUUCUGAAGGCAAAGGGGUUUCUGAGCAAAGAGAUUGACUUUUUCAGCACAAUUUGUACAACAGAAGAGGUUUUUGUUGAAAAGUUCCUUCUCCCUUAUAACAAGAGUGUUCCAGGGCUCAUAGAAGCUUACGCCUCUGCUUGUAGAGGCCAUGUAGCCACUGAACUAUGACUGAGAUUUUGAACUAGAAAUGUUGGAUAUCAGUUAUGUCUUGCAAGUUGAUAUCUGUUGAUGUGA